GAAGGGCUAUGGGGGUCCUGUCAGGGACGAUGGGGGUCUGUGAGAUCCUAGGGGGGCCCCAUAGGGGGAUAAGAGGGUCCUAAGGAAGAAAUGUGGGGGUCUGUGGGAUACAGGGUGCUGUUGAGGACUGUGGUGCUCUUUGUUUUCCCUAUGUGCGUGUGCAGGCUUCUCAGCUUGUCCCUGCGUUCCGCAGCGAUAUUUGGGACUGAAGGGGCAUUUGCACGGCGUCCCAUGUGGGGAUGAGCCAACUGGGGAAGGAGCCAAUAUACUCCAUACAGAGAGUUGGGAACCUCCCUCUUCUGUUCAAUGCAAAGCCAGGGAGCCUUCCUCUUAUCUGACAGCCUACAAGGCUGUGCAUUAAGGGACUGAACAGGCUGUAACUUGCAUCAGCUGUGUGUUCCUUUGCUCUUUUGCCUUGUUAAAGCCAAACAGCUUUUGUUCCACCGUCAGUCCCAUCACGGUGACUUCUGCCGACCUCGAGCUGUUUUUCCCCAGUUUGGCAAGCUUCCGUUUCUUGUCAGGCCACAACAAGCAACUUCCAAAGCAAUAUAUAUGAAGUCUGAGCACAAAGCCCUUGUACCUGGUGGGUGCAAAGAUAAAGGUCGUUAUUGUGACUCCAGUGCUUCUUGUGAAGCAGAAGUAAGAGAAAACAAGGCUACUCGCACACCAGGCAAAGUUGAAAUGGGAAGCUUUAGAACUAUCACUCACUGAUUCCCUCUGCUGAAUGAAUACAUUGGUCCUUAAACUAAUAUGCUGGGCCCUGGGCAGCCUGGGCUGUCUUAAUCCUGGGGACUGUAAGAGAAGGCAAGGAGGACGUCUGAUCUCUCCCUUCCUGCUCCGUGCAUUCUGUUGGAAAUCACUGGUGCAAAGUCGAAAAGCAGCCCCCGGGUCCUGCCUCUGCUGCUGCCUCCAGCUCUUCUGCUGCAAGAUGAAGAGAAACGUUGGAAUUUGGCUCCUCGGAUGACCAAUAUUGCCAAUAUUGCCAAACCUGGAGCCUGGGGGACUCACAGAUGGUCAGCGUCAGUCAACAGCUUCAGACAAAAAUCAAGCAAUCAUUUCAGACAUAUAAGAAUAUUUGGGGUAGGACAGUUCUUAGAAUCAAAACGCUCGGACUGUAUAUUAUAAAUUGAUUUGACAAAGAAGUUCUGCUUAGACAUGGCUAAGGUUGAAGAAGGUGACUUGUUUUCGGACAAAUAAAUGUAGGACUACCUAAGCUGGGGGUGGGUGAGGGUUUGAAAAAAGAAUUACAGCUAGCAAGUUGGGGGAGGCGAUUCUCCCCCUCUGCUCCUCUCUUGUGAGAUUCCACCCAUGCUCCGCUCCAAGGCCUCCAGCACAGAAAGGAUGUGGACGUGUUGGGAAGAGCCCCCGAGUACACAGAACGGAGACGCAGUGCAAAACCAUCCAAGUCAACAUCUGCCCUUGCAGCUUUUGUGUGACCUGACCUCUGAAGUGCUCUGUGGUGACCUAUGGGCCAGGGAGGCAGAGACAGCUUGGCUGUAGGAAGUGAAAGCAGGAAGAGCUGCAGAAGCCAGCUCCUUCCUCUGCCUCUAAUCUCCUUGCCUGCUCUGUGCUGUGCCUUCUCCUGGCAACGUUAACGCUGCCUUGCAGUCCAGCAGAGCCAUCCCCUUCUUUCCUGGAAAGCCAGAAGGCAAGGAGCCCUCUUUGAUACCAGCAACCAGCUGAGGUCAUGAGCACAAUCCAGCUCUCCCAGGUACACCAAGCAGACUGCCGUCCCCAGGUGGAGGGCUGAAACCCAGGAGAGCUGCAAAGGAGCUGCUUUGGGGUACAUCUCUGUGCGAGGGACACGUGUCCCAGGGUUGGAAGUGAUGCAGCCGUUGGGUGAGAUGCAUGGGCUGCUCCUGUGUGCAACCCUCACCCCUUUACGGUGCAGAAGCAGGAAAUUACAGAGCUGGUCUGCACUUGGAUGGAGACUUCUGAAAGGAGCCGUGAUGUGGCAGCACCAUUAAAGUGGGAGGCGGUGCCGAAGCACAGCAGAUGAGCUUGGCUUCUCCAAAAACCACAGUUUCCCUCCCAGCAGCUGUGGGUGCUGAUACAGUGCCUGUGCAGCAUCUGCUGCCAGAAGGGAGGCAAAGCAGCAGGAGAGCGGACACUGAGGAGUCAUGGCCAUGUGGUUCCCUGCUCUGCUCCCGCUGAUCCUUGCAGCCCUGCAGCCCGCAGCCAGUUCCACGGACCCGCCGCCCUGCCCGUGGGAGAUGAACAAGGUGAAGGACAUCGUGGAGGUGAACUGCACCGGGCAGAAUCUCAGCGCGGUGCCCGCCGGCCUGCCCAAAGACACGGGCAUCCUGCUGCUCAACGCCAACAGCCUGCUGUCCGUCUCCACCGCCGCCUUCCAGCCGCUGCCCGCCCUGCAGGACCUCGACCUGUCCGACAACGGCCUGCGGGCCGUGGACACCGAGACCCCGCUGCUGAGCCUGAAGGAGCUGCUGCUGUCCCGCAACGCGCUGGAGGCUCUGCCCGCCCUGCGGGGCCUGCCCGCGCUCACCCGCCUGGCCCUGGCUCACAACAAGCUGCAGGCUCUGGCCCCCGCGGCCUUCCGUGCCGUGCCGCAGCUGCAGGACCUGGACCUGCGGGGGAACGGGCUGCGGACGCUCCCUGAGGACGCCUUCGCCGAGCUGCGGGCGCUCAAGGACUUGGAUCUGUCGGACAACGCCUUGGAGGAGCUCCCCGGCGGGCUGCUGCGGGACCUGGAGGCGCUGGAGACGCUGUGGCUGUCGGGGAACCGGCUCCGUGCCCUGCCCUCCGGCUUCUUCCCCGAGGGGCACCUCUUUGCCUACGUCUUCCUCACCGAGAACCCCUGGCACUGCGACUGCGGCCUGGUCUACCUGCGCUCGUGGAUCCUGAGGAACGAGUGGAGCGUCUAUGAGCCUGAGCGUGGGCUGGGGAAGACGAAGGUGGAGGUGGCCCCGGAGAAGGUGCUGUGCCACAGCCCCCCCGAGCACCAGCAGAAGCCCAUCAUCCGCUUCAAGCCCAACUGUGGCCACAUGGGGGAUGAAGAUGAGGAAGAGUAUGAGUACACUGAUGAGGAAGGGAGCCCUGAAAACCCUCUCGUGACCUCCUUGCCCCCUACGUAUCCACCCAGCUCUGAAGAGCUCACCCCCACCCCACGCGUUCUUACUCAGCCUCCUCUCACAUCCGUCCGUCCUUCCCUUAGAAUCCCCAUUGGCCCCAGCCUUGCCCCAAGUGCUUCCCUUGCCACCCUCGCAAGCACCACAGCUGCCAGCACUACCCCUCCUGCAUCCACCUCCUUAACCCCCCCCAGCACUGUGCAGCCCCCGCAGCCCCCCAGCACUACCCCUGUUCACACUACUCCUCCCAGCUCCCCGGACAGCCCCACCAGCUCUCUGCCAGCUGCUACCAGCGCUUCCAGCACCAGCAGCCAUCCACUGAGCACCCUCACCACCCGCGCUGCCACCAGCCCUCUCACAAUCUCCACUGGAGCAUUUUCCACCAGUCCCUCAGCGCUGCCUUCCCCCACCAUGCCAGAGAUCACUUCAGCCACCACAUCUUCACCUUCUUCUCUGACGUCAUCCACGCUGGUUGUCCCCAACACCACGCUUUCCACUCACACCCCUACGCUGUCUGCUCCCCUGGACACCACGCACUUUCCCCACCCAUCUCCUCUGCUCCCAUCUCCCCUGCUCUGCCCGUGCUCCUCUCCAGCACAGACUCCAUCCUUGCUGCCCUCACGGGUGGGUGCGAAGGGUCCUCGGUGGGGGCACUGGGAGCUGAGCCACUGCUGCCUCCUGCGCUGGUUGCUGUACCUGGCCUGCCUGGCUCUGCUGCUCCUGUCUGUGCUGCCUUUAGCUUGCUGCCUGGUGUGGAUGUGUCUGGCAUGGAAGCACAACUCACUGCAGAUCCAAGAGGUGCAGCAUCCACUGCUGAGGUGGAGGAAUUCAACAGAAAGUCAUACUACGCAGCUCAGCAUCUUCCGAAGCCCCCAACAACGCUCCACGUUCUGUACCAUCAAGGAAGUAGAGCUGCGCCCUGAAGUCGCCACAUCCUACACUUACUGCACAGUUAAAGACCUGGGGGUGCAGCACAGCGCUCCUGCAAAGUCAUUCUGCACCACGAAGCAGCUGUGGAUCCGCCACAGUCCUCGGAAUGCAUCAUCCGAUCCUUUCUCUGCAGAGCUGACGGCCACAAAAUUCAGCUCGCUGCGGAGCCCUUCUGCUUACAGCCUGGACAGGGGGGUCCGGGCCAUCGGUGCUGUCAGGGUGAAAUACGCUGGCAACACCUUGUAAAUGCUCCUGCACCUUCAGAGGUGGGAAUGGGGGUCACAGCUCUGGCUCACUUUUCCCUGCUGCACCACAGGAAGAUCUGCUCUCUGCAGAAAGGGAAGGCAUCCAGCUCCUUUCCCUAGCACUGCUCUCACUCAUUGUUGCUGCUAGAUCUGAAAUGAUUUCUGGGCUGCUUGGCCCAGAAGGUACCCCCAGGGGUAGGGGGUUGUCCUAAACCAGAGCUUGGGACUGAAAUGCCAGAUUUUGGGGUCAGUGUGGGAAAGCAGAUCUUGCUUUGUACGCUACAUGCUAACUGCUUUGCUCGAAUGACACACGCAGAGAUGCAUCGUGCUUUCAACUCAGUGUCGGGUCAUUAAUCCCAAAAUAAAUAUUCUCUUUGCCCGAAUUCCAUACUGGGGCUAAUUU